AGUCGUUAAUGUUUAGAAACCGCACUAAACUUCUGAAGCUGCGCACGCUAGACUUCAUUUAGCUUAUCGUUCAUUCACUUCUCGCUUUAUUGCAUGAAGACGAAGACAAGACAACGCAAUAUUACGCAUACUGUUGCCGUAUCCGUAGAGCCGAAAAAAGCGUUACGUUAUAUUUGUUGUUUAUCGUUAAGUAGUUGAUCAUGAACGUGGCUAAAAGCGGUUAUCGUGUCUUCUCUGCGAACUCUACUCCAGCAUGCAUUGAACUUGCUAAGAAGAUCACAGAGCGUCUUGGUGUGGAACUGGGGAAGUCUGUCGUUAACCAGGAAGCAAACAGAGAAACCAGAGUUGAGAUCAAAGAGUCUGUCAGAGGACAAACAAUCUUCAUCAUUCAAACCAUCCCCAGAGAUGUUAAUACUGCCAUCAUGGAGCUGCUGGUCAUGACCUAUGCGCUGAAGACCUCCUGCGCCAAGAACAUCAUCGGCGUGAUCCCAUACUUCCCCUACAGUAAACAGUGUAAGAUGAGGAAGAGAGGCUCUAUAGUGUGCAAACUGCUCGCUUCCAUGUUAGCUAAAGCAGGUCUGUCUCACAUAAUCACCAUGGAUCUGCACCAGAAAGAGAUCCAGGGUUUCUUCACAAUCCCCGUGGAUAACCUGCGGGCGUCCCCGUUUCUCCUGCAGUACAUUCAGGAGGAGGUUCCUGAUUAUAGAAAUGCAAUCAUCGUAGCCAAGUCUCCAUCUGCUGCGAAAAGGGCGCAGUCAUACGCAGAACGCUUGCGUCUUGGUUUGGCCGUCAUGCACGGUGAAGCUCAGUGUUCAGAGUCGGACAUGGCGGAUGGACGUCACUCUCCUCCCUGCGUCCGCAACAGCAGUGGACAUCCCGGAUUAGAGCUGCCAUGCAAACAACAAGCUCCGUUUCCAGGCAUAGAGCUUCCAAUAAUGAUGGCCAAGGAGAAGCCACCCAUCACUGUUGUUGGAGAUGUCGGAGGUCGCAUCGCCAUCAUUGUUGAUGACAUCAUAGAUGAUGUGGAGGACUUUGUGGCAACGGCUGAGAUUCUGAAAGAGAGAGGAGCCUAUAAGAUCUACAUCAUGGCCACUCAUGGCCUCUUGUCUGCAGAUGCUCCGCGUCUCAUUGAGGAGUCGGCUAUUGAUGAGGUGGUGGUGACCAACACUGUUCCUCAUGAGGUGCAAAAGCUGCAGUGUCCUAAGAUCAAGACGGUGGACGUCAGUAUGAUCUUGGCCGAAGCUAUCAGACGCAUUCACAAUGGCGAGUCCAUGGCUUACCUGUUCCGUAACAUCACAGUAGACGACUAGCCAUCUAAAAGAUCUGUGUUACAGACAGAUGUGAGGAGUUUACGCAAACCCUCUUACACACGUGUGAGCUCUGCCAUGCACAAAACUAUAUAUACAUAUAUACCUUACGUUGAUUUCCCAAAUAAAUCUCUUUUAUUCUUCAACCAAAUAAACUCCCGCUGACAGAGUUGAAGCAGAAAUAAAUGAAAUGAAGCGUUACUGAGAGCUUUGAAUUGACACGCACAGCGUUUUGUCAUUCUGAAUGUGUGCUUACAGUCUAGUGCACAGAAGGCUUCACUUACUUGAUCUGUUUUGCAUCUUUGUAAAUCAGAUGUGCAAAUGCUGGUUUUAUUUGAUAAGAUGAAGGAGUUUCAAUAAAAUGAAAGGAACAGUUCGUCCUAAAAUGAAAAUGCAGUCAUCGUUUACUAACGUUAAUAUUGUUUCAAAUCCCUUCAAUCGUCCUCCUGUUUAAUACAGUAGAGGACGUUUAAAAAAAUAUCCUGGCUGCUCUUUUCCAUAUAAUAAAUAUGUUGGCUUCUAGAAAAGUCAAUUUAAUCCGUUUCCCACACAAAGCUUUCAUUUGGUCUCAGAAAACCAUUCACAUGAAUUUCUUUUAUGAGACUUUUAUGGCAUCAUUGUAUGGACAUCCCAGUCCUUACAUUUACUUUCAUUAUAUGGAAAAGUCUGGGUAGAAUAUUCUUUUAAAAUUCACCGUUUGUGAAUGAUUUACAACAUGAGGGCGAGUACACCGUGGCAGUUUUCAUUUUAGGGGUGAAUUAUUGCUUUAUCAUUCCUGCGUUUUUGGUUUCCGAGCAUUUUGGUUGGUUGAAAAGUGUCUUGAAUGUACUGUGUGCUACUGAGCAAAUGCGCGCUAAAUGAACCAAGUACUGUGAAUACUCCAAUAAAACAUCUGCACUCCUACACCACAACACUGAGGGAGCAAAAAAGACGUGUAAAAGUUGUCUCGUCUACAUUUGUUCACUAAUAUCUGUAUUUGCUACAGUCGUCUUGCCUGGUGUUGAAGACUUUAGUUUAAACCUAGUGGUCCAGUUAACUGCUGCAGAUAUGUGUUGCAUUAACUAAAAGCCUAAACUAGGGAUUGGCUAGUUGAUAACAUUCUUUAGCUUAGUUUCCUAAUUCACCUGUGAAACCUUAGAGGUCAGCUGUAAACCCUCUUAAAACUAAAAACAGGAAUGUCAAACAAAAAGACAACAAAUAUACAGAAUGACAGGUUUUAGAGACUCUGAUUGCAGGGGGAUGCAGAAAGCAUGCACCAGCGCUGCAUGUAGGCCUGCGCUUUGCCUCGGCUGUUGUGUCGUAUGUUAACAUGUCCCUUUGCACAGCUAAACUACUCUCUACCAUGACUCUGUGUUCAUCAGUUGUAUGUUCAAAAGCAGUUCAUUGCUCCAGACGUUGCAUCUGCAGGGCUCAUUCAUGUCUCUGUGAGAGCUAGAGUGGUUGCUAUGGCAACCUUAUUUAAUGCUGGUACGGUUCUCAGCUCUUAUACCUACAUAUAUUUUUGCAGUUGUUCAAAUUACGGAGGACAUACAGUAGUUUUUUGUUAUCAUUUUCUGUACUUACCUGCUGUUGAUUUGCAAUCAUAUUUUUGUAAAUAAACACAAAUUGU